AUGGCCGCCGCCACGAAGAAACCCAUCCUCUACUACUUCGACCUCGGAAGCAAAGGCAGAGGAGAAGUGGUUCGUGUGUUCCUCAGGGAACUCGGCAUCGACUUUGAGGACAAGCGCUACGCCUACGACGAGACAUGGCAACCGCUGGGCAAGGAAUUGCAGCAGAAGGGGUUGAGUCUUACGGGGAAGUUACCCGUGCUAGAUAUUGACGGUCAUAUCUUGUCGCAGCAUAUUCCCAUCCUGAGGUACCUGUCGCGUUCCGUUGGAGGGUAUGACGGCACCUCCAACUAUGACAAGUGGCUGGUUGAUGCGGUGUCCGACAUCUAUGUCGAUUGGCGGGAGAAAUGGGUUGCGAAUCUCUCCGGGAAGGCACCCAACUACAAAUCCGAGACCGUUCCCUACUUCUACUCGAUCUGGGACAAGCUCUACUCCAGGAACGCCGGUCCGUAUCUCUUGGGCAACCAGGUUACAUACGUCGACUUCGCGGUCUUCCAGGCGUUGGACAAUGACGAAGCGGUUGGCGCCGCUCCUGCGUCGGUCCCAGAGACGCUCAAGGCUUUGCGGAAGGCCGUCUCUGAGCGUCCCAACAUCAAAGAAUACAUCGCUGCAAGGGCCUGA